AUGCAGUAGAUCAACAAUACUCGCGUCAUUCAGAUGAUGCCUGCACGCGGAAGACGAGCCGCGGUCGAUGACCAAGUUGUCAGGCGCUGUCGUUGAAGCCCACCAGCUCCAAGGACUCCUUGGCAAACAGACCACAAUCCAAUCUGCCGCCGACGCUGCAUCGACGGAUCUACUCCAUCUACACCUUCGCCUUCUCCACCAUGUCGAGUCAAAGUCGCCGGACAGUAGUCACCACCAAGACGGGCAGGCGUACACGGAGGGUGGUGACCACUACGGCGACCAUCAGCGCCGUCCCAAUGAGCACAACCAAGACACCGUUAGCUGAGAUGGCAAAGGUGGUGGAAGCCGUGAACACCGGCAAGUUUACAUUCAUUCCUGAGUUCGGAGGCCAGGGCUCUGUCUACUGGAAGGAGCUGCAGAAGCUCUAUACUGCAUCCAGUACAAGCAUCACGCGCUCAUUUAUUGACGCAGCCGCACAGGCGCUGCUAGAGGAGUCCAGCUCGGUCGAGACCAAGGCUUCCAACGCCUUUGAAGCGGUGAUUGACCUGCAGAGCUGGCUACAGGUCGGAGAGGCACCCGUCGGGUUGACUAUGAGUCGUGUCUACUUCAGUAUGCCGCUGUUGGUCCUUACCCAGUGUGCCAACUACCUCAACUUCCUCGAGACUACGGGAUUGACCCACGAGAGCGUGGUGAAGAACUCCGCCACCGCCGUGGGUCACAGCCAGGGUGUCGUGAGCGCCGUCAUCUUCUCGGCGGCCAAAACAGCUCAAGAGUUCGUCGAGAUCGGCAUCUCCGUGCUGCGCUACAUGUUCUGGCAGGGACUGCGCGCGCAGGAGACGUACCAGCACUUGCUGACGCAGUACAAGCAGGAUGGCAAGAACAUUGAGGGUGCCGGCCCGAUGCUGGCCGUGCGAGGGCUCAAGAAGAAGCACGUCCUCAAGUCUAUCGAGGUGGCCAAGCGCCGUACCAAGUCGCCCGACCUGCACCUCUCUCUUAUCAAUGCGUCCGACAUGAUGAACGUGACGGGCUUUCCGGCGACGCUGACGCUGCUGAAGCAGGCGCUUGAGGGCCUGUUUGCUAAGCCGGACGCCGACCAGACACGUAUCCCGCACUCGCAGCGGAAACCAACGGGUUCGCUGUCGUUCCUACCGCUCUCGGCUCCCUUCCACACACCAUUGCUGUCCGAGGCCAAGCCGAAGUUGGUGCAGGACGUGCAACGCGUCAAGUGCGCGAUCAAGGGUGGUCAACUGCAGGUUCCCGUGUACGCGACCAAUGCAGAGGCCACCAACCUGCAGACGGUGGACGACGUCGUCGAUGAACUUAUUAACAUGCAGCUACUGGAGCUGGUGGACUGGACGGCGACGUGGGCAAAGAUCGCUGAACACCACUCAAACGCGACGCACGUUCUGGAGUUUGGCCCCGAUCUCGGCGUCGCCAAGCUGAGCAACAAGAUCGCGGAAGGCUUGGGCAUGGGCGUGGUGGUUGCGACCGUUAAGCACACGGUGAUGAAGUUUUCAAGGAAAUACGCUCCUCUUGUGGGCCUACAACAGUUCAUCGAUGCUUUGUCGACGUUCACUUCUGUUAAGGCGACGUGGGAGAAGAAAUUCGGCCCGCAGGUGACUGAGUCGGGCAAGCUAGUCAACAGAUUCACGCGCGCACUGAACAAGCCACCAGUUAUGGUGGCCGGUAUGACGCCGACUACCAGUUUGGAGGGCAUUGACCUCGUUGUGGCCAUUCAGAACGCUGGUUUCCACGGUGAAUUGGCUGCGGGUGGUCUGUCGCGCCCCAACAUCUUCGAAGAUGCCGUGAACGAGCUCGUGUCCAAGAUCAAGCCCGGUCUCGGCAUUGCGAUCAACAUGUUGUACCUGAACGCGAAGCAGUGGGGCUUCCAGUUCCCGAUGGUGCUGAGAAUGCGUCGCAGUGGUGUGCCUAUCGAAAGCAUCACUAUCGGCGCUGGUAUCCCGACGAAGGAGCGAGCGCUUGAGAUGAUGUCACAGCUGGAGGCUGUGGGCAUCAACGUGGUGUGCUUCAAGCCUGGUUCGGUGGACGGCAUCCACGCUGUGCUGGAGAUCGCAGCGGCCAUGCCGAGUAUGACUGUGAUGCUGCAGUGGACUGGCGGUCGUGCUGGUGGUCACCACAGCUUCGAGGACUUUCACCAGCCGAUGGAGGAGACGUACGCCGCCAUCCGUCGCGUGUCGAACGUGCUGCUGGUUGUCGGCUCCGGUUUCGGUAACUGGGAGGACUCGAAGCAGUACCUCACGGGCGAAUGGAGCUUGGCUCGCGGCCACCUGUUCAAGAUGCCUGCCGACGGUAUUCUGAUGGGCUCUCGCGUGAUGGUUGCCAAGGAAGCUGCGACUGCGCCGGAGGUGAAGAAGCUGCUGGUGGACACGCCUGGUAUCGAGUCGGAGCUGGAGUGGGAAACGAGCUACACGGGUGCCAUUGGCGGUGUGAUCACAGUCACAUCGGAGCUGGGCGAGCCCAUUCACGUCGUGGCGAACCGCUGCACUCUGCUGUGGAAGGAGUUCGACGGCAAGUACUUCUCGAUCCCGCGCGACCAGGUUGAGCUGGCCCUUCGUCUCAACAAGAAGGACAUCAUCACGCGUCUGAAUGCCGACUACCAGAAGCCGUACUUCGGCUGCAAGCGCAAUGUGGAGACUGGCGAGAGUGUCCCUGCUGAUCUGGAGGAGAUGUCGUAUGGCGACGUGUUGACGCGUAUGAUCGACUUGAUGUACGUGGAGGUGGAAGGCAAGCCGCACCGCUGGGUGCACGACACCUUCUUCUCUCGUGUGAGCAAGUUCAUCACGCGUACGGAGGAGCGUUUCCGUCGUGAAAGUUCUGGCGACCUGUUCGACCAGUCGGAGCUAAAGACGAACCCGAGAGGAACGGUGACUGCGUUCAUCGCCAAGUACCCCCAGACCGUAUCGACUCUGCUGUCAGUUCCGGACUGCGACUUCUUCCUGGAUCUGUGCCGCACCGGUGGCAAGCCGGUUAACUUUGUGCCUGCGAUCGACACGGAGUUCAAGACGUGGUUCAAGAAAGAUUCGCUGUGGUACUCGGAGGACUUGGACGCUGUCCCGGAUGGCGAUGCGCAGCGCGUCUUCAUCCUCCAGGGUCCCGUGGCCGUUCGCUACAGCACGGUGGUGGACGAGCCUGUGGCGGAUAUCCUUAACGGCAUAGCCGCUGGUUUCACCAACGUCGUGAAGGAAAGCGGCGCGGUUGCUGCUGCUACGGCUGUGUCUGUCAAGGAGACAAUGGACAUCGCUAACGUCGAGGUCACGGAGACCGACGACAGUGUGGAACUGUCGAUCUCCGCGGACGAAAGCGCCGUGCCCUCUGCUGACGAGUGGCUGGCUUCUCUUGCCGCGUCCGUGGGUGACAAGGAGUGGCUAAGCGCGCUGAUCUCGUCGACCCACGUCGUUGAGGAGAAGAAGUGGCUCGCGAACCCGGUCCGCCAGCUUCUUGUGCCUCAGGUUGGCCAGAAGUACGUGGUCGACGCUGCUGGUAUUCGCGUGUUCGACAGUUCCAUCGACAUUUCGGGCCCCGUGAUCGAGAUCACGAAGAAGGAUGCGAGCAUCUCAGUCGUUGUGAACGAGGUGCGUCCGGCCGUGACCGGUCUGACGGCUGGUGUCGUGGCGCUGGAGAUGGCUUUCCAGUACCACCCGGAGCUAUCUUGCUCCAUCCACGCCGAAGGCAUCGGCUUCAUCGACAAGGUGAAGGCAUUCUACGCUCGCUUCUGGGUGGCGAUUGAGGGCCAGGAGGAGGAGUCGUGCAAGGCUGCGUGCGAGGAGAGCGUCAUGUCUCCUUUUACGGCCGAGUUCUCCAUCUCAAAGAAGGACAUUGUUGACUACCGUGCUGCUCUGGGUCUGAGUGACGACGAAGAGGGCGCUCCGGCCGACUUCUCGACGAUCGUGUCGUGGCGUCCGCUGAUCCAGUCCGUGUUCACCAAGGAGGUGAAGGGCAACCUGCUGGAUCUGGUGCACCUCAAGCACUCGUACAAGCUGCUGUCGUCGCGCAAGGUUUCGGCCACGUUCCUGCCUGGCGACGACAUGGUGAGCACGUCGAACGUUGGUAGUCUGCGCAUUAUCGACAGCGGCAAGAUCGUGCACGGCGUGGCUAUCAUCUCUCGCAAGACGGUGGACAGUGAGAUGGUGGAGGUGCUUGAGCCUCUCGUGGAGCUGCACAGCGAGUUCCUGAUCCGCGGCGCCUUCAACGACUUCGAGUCGACGUUCUCUAUUGACAAGUCAACGGAUGCGUUCGUGCCCAAACGCCAGGAAGACGUCGAGAUCCUGAAGACCAAGUCGUGGCUGAAGCUUGCUGCUGAGGCCUCGGUAAACGUCGGCGACCAUCUGUCGUUCGAGCUGACGACGAAGAAGCAGUACGCGUCGAUCGGUUCAUUGAGUUCGGUGGAGGUGACUGGCACGCUCUUCCGUGAAGAAGCGGGCUCGAAUGUGGAGCUUGGUAGGGUCGAGUUCAAGAGCAACGACGUGAACGAGAGCCCCGUCGUGGCCUUCUUGCGCCAGGUGCAGCCUGAGGAUGCCAAGGCCAGCGGUAUGUUCUCUAACGGUGGUUCGCACAUGCUGGAGAAACCGCUGGAGAUCAACGUCCCGACGAACGCUCUGGCGUACGCUGUGGCAUCUCGCGACCUGAACCCGAUCCACCGCUCCAAGUACGCUGCGAUCCUGGGCCACCUGCCCAAGGGCAAGCCGAUCAUGCACGGUCUGUGGACGGCGACCAAGGUGCGCGACCUGGUGACCCAGAACUUUGGUCUCGGCUUCGACAGCAACGUGGUGGACUACGACGUCAACUUCGACGGUAUGGUGUACCCGGGUGACAAGCUGUUCAUGCAGGCUCGUCACAUCGGCCUCGACAACGGCAAGAAGGUGCUGUCGGUGGAGGUUGUGAACGGCUCUGGUGAACGCGUGGUAAGCGCGCGUGCUGUCGUGAAGCAGGCGUCGAUGGCGUUCGUCUUCACUGGCCAGGGCUCUGCUGCUGUCGGCAUGGGCAUGGACCGCUACCAGGAGUCCUCGGUCGCUCGUGAUAUCUGGAACCGUGGUGACGCUCACCUGCGCAAGACAUUUGGCUUCUCAAUCCUGGAAAUGGUGCGCAAGAACCCAAAGUCCAUUACUGUUCACUUUGGUGGCAAGAAGGGUCUUAAGAUUCGCGAUAAGUACAUGAGCUUGACGUGUGAGGACCCUGUUACUGGUGAGAUUGCGGCUCUUCUUCCUGAGAUUGAUGCUGGUACUGAGAGCUUUAGUUUCUCUGCUUCUGAAGGUUUGCUGUUCGCGACGCAGUUCAGCCAGCCUGCGUUGGUUCUGCUGGAGAAGGCCAUGUUCUCUGAGAUUGAGGCUGCUCAGCUGAUUCCGGAUGAUGCUUACUUCGCUGGACACUCUCUCGGUGAGUACGCUGGUUUGAUUUCCUUUGCUGGUGCUCUGGCUGUGGAGGCUGUGGUGGAUUUUGUGUUCCUGCGUGGUUUGAUCAUGCAGAAGUCUGUGAAGCGCGAUGCUGAGGGACGUUCGGACUACGGUAUGGUUGCCACCAAUCCGACGCGUGUGGGUUCAGACUUCGCUGAAGAGGCCAUGUACAAGAUCGUGGACGGCAUUGAAGCUGCUUCGGGCAAGCUGCUGCAGGUGGUGAACUUUAACAUCCAGCAGCGCCAGUAUGUCGUUGCUGGUGAGAACGUGAAUCUGGAGACGCUGUCGCUGGCGCUGUCUGCCGUCAAGACGUUGAAGUCGACUGCCGCUGAGGACGUGGAGAAGGUUAUUGCCGACUCGUUGGCGCAGGCUCGUGCCCGCAAGGAGAAGUGCGAGCAGACUGACCGUCCGUUUACGCUGGCGCGUGGCCUGGCGACGAUCCCGCUGGUUGGUAUCGACGUGCCGUUCCACUCGCGUGAGCUGCUUGGUGGUGUACCGUCGUUCCGUGCGCUGCUGCGUACCAAGUUUGAUCCGCAGGUGCUGGAACGUCAACUGCCGCUUCUGGUGAACCGCUACAUCCCGAACCUGGUGGCGACUCCGUUCUCGUUGAAGCGCUCGUACUUUGAGGAGGUUUACGCGGCGACCAAGAGUCCGUACCUGGAGGAGGUUCUGGACCCAAUGCGGUGGAAGUUGACGUCGAAGGCUCAGCUCGCGCACCUGCUUGUGGUGGAGCUGCUGGCGUACCAGUUUGCGUCCCCCGUCCAGUGGAUCGAGACUCAGGCGCUGCUGUUCUCGGAGGGCGGAGUUCGCCGCUUCGUGGAGAUUGGCCCUGCUCCGACGUUGACGAACAUGGCGCUGCGUACUCUCCAGGUUGGUGACUUCCCCGAUGUGUCGCGUGAGAUUCUAUGGUACCAGCGUGACCGCGAGGUCGUGCACUUCGAGGAGGAGACGUCGAACAUUUCUGCUUCCGAGUAUGCUCGUGGCCUGGCUGCCGAGGCUGCCGCUGAAGCUGCGGCCACUGCUGCAAAGGUUGCGGCUGAGUCUGCCCCCAAGGUUGAGGAGGCUCCGGCUGCUCCGGCGCCGGCACCGGUUGCCGCUGCCCCCGUCCAGCAAAUCCAAGCUGCUCCGGCUCCUGUACCUGCCGCUGCUGCUCCCGCGGCUGCCGAUGCACCGGUCGCUGCUCUCCACGUCCUUCGUGUGCUUCUCGCUGUGCGUCUGAACAAGGAGCUGGCUGAGAUCAAGGAAGACACGGACGUGAAGACGCUGUGCGCCGGCAAGUCUGCUGUGCAGAACGAGAUCCUUGGCGACCUUGAGAAGGAGUUUGGUGGCGGUGUGCCUGAGGGUGCUGGCGAGGUUCCGCUGAAGGAGCUGGCGUCUAAGUUCUCUAGCUACAACACGCUCGGCAAGGUGACGAAUGGUCUGAUCAACAAGGUGGUGGCAAGCAAGAUGCCUGGUGGCUUCACGAUGUCCAGUAUCAAGGAGUACCUGAGCUCCGAGAAGGGUCUGGGUGCCGGUCGCAUGGAGAGCGUGUUGGCUCACUCUCUGCUGCUAGCCCCGCAGGCUCGUUUCAAGAGCGACGCCGACGCGCGCAAGUGGCUGGACGAGAGUGUGAGCAACUACGCUUCUUUCGCUGGUAUCUCUCUCGACCGUCCAACGAUGGCCGCUACGCCCGGUGCUGUAGGCAUGUCCUUCAACCCGGCCCCCGUAUCGAUCCCGACGGUGAGUGACAAGCCUGUGGAGGCCAAGCACGCUCUGCUGGUGAUGCUGGCUGCUAAGUUCGGCAAGGCGUUCAACGAAGUUCCGGAGACUGCGACCAUCAAGGAGCUAUCUGCGGGCAAGUCGGCCGUGCAAAACGAGAUUGUCGGUGACCUCGAGAAGGAGUUCGGCUCUGGUCCGGACGAUGCUGCGGAGAUGAAACUGGCCGAAUUGGCUGGUAAGUUCCCUGACUACGCGUCGCCGGGCAAGGUGACAAGUGCUCUGAUUGCCAAGAUGCUGGCAAGCAAGAUGCCUGGUGGCUUCGGUCUGUCUGCCAUCAAGGAGUACUUGUCCAGUGAGCGCUGCCUGCCGAGUGGCCGCAUCGAGAGCGUGCUGCUUCACGGUCUCACACAGAACCCGAAGAUGCGUCUGACGGACGACGCGACGGCGAAGCAGUGGCUGGACGGCGUCGUGGACGACUACGCCAAGUACGCUGGCAUUGACAUCCCGUACCUGUCGAAGCUGGGAGGCAUGAUGGCUGGACCGGCAAUGGGCCAGCAGGUGAUGCAGUCGAGCUCGCUGCCCAGUGACUUCGAGAAGCGUCUGAAGACUAUGAUCUCAGAUCAGAUCGAAGCGCUCAACUCGUACCUGGGCGACGAUCAGCUCGACUGGCACCGCAAGAUUGAGACGGAGGUCGACAUGCGCGAGGAGAUGGAGUCGUCGGUGUCCCAGUGGGUGACGGAGCAUGGAGAGUUCUACGGUGCUGGUAUUGCCAGCAAGUUCGACGCGAAGAAGGAGCGUCAGUACGACAGCUACUGGAACUGGGCUGUGCAGGACGCGAUGGAGCUGUACUACCGCACCGCGGCUGCUGCCAAGGGCACGCCUGUGAGUCCCAAGCUGGCUGUGAACGAAGGUCUGAGCACGCACUUCGAAGCGAUGACGCGCUUCAUCAACAAGAACGUGGACACUAUUACGGACGAAUCAGCGCUUCCGCCCCUCGAGUGGUUCAAGCCGUACCUGUGCAACCGUGCAACACCCGAGCUGCUCCAGUGUACGCAGUUCUUCGUGUCGCGAGCUGAGGAAGAAAGCAGCCCAGAGCUCGCCCAGGCUGUUCAACUAUUGGUGGAGCAGGUGGAGGAGUGGCUGAACACGAACCCUGUCAACAUGCAAAUUUUCAAGCCGAUGCAGCCGCAACUUCGCAUUCUUGAAAACGGUAAGCUCGAGUACGCCGAGGUGCCGCGUGAAGGCGUGACGGACUCCAUCAACUACGUUGACGAGGUGGCUCGCGGCCUCGAGUACAAUGACGCCAUCGAGACUGGCAAGGUUGCUGGAUCGGACGUCACGGCUGGAAUGACAAGUGCUGUCGGAUUCGAGUCGACCCUGAACGAUAACGGCAGCAUGAGCAGUGAUGAGCCUGACAGCGAUGAUGAUGACGAGUUCGAUGAGGAGGAAGCUGCGGUGGGCGACAAGGAGGCGAGCAAGACUAAGAAGGUUGCCCCUGCCAAGGGUGCCAAGCUCAACGCGCUGCGUGACUCUCUGCGUAAGCGUGCCAAGCGCGAGUCGGAGAAGUCGCUUGUGGCUCGUUCGUCCUCGCUGCGUUUCGGUUUGAACGAGAACCUCAAGAAGAUCGUGCUGCCACACGUGCACGUGCGCAAGCCGUCUGACGUGGACCCGACCAUCCGUCUGUACGACGUUGAAUCCACCUGCAUGUUGCUGUCGUGCAUGCGCGAGAUGGCCUCGACGGGUAUCUCGUUCACUGGCAAGGUGGCGCUGCUGACGGGUUGCGGUAAGAACUCAAUUGGUGCUGAGAUCGUGAAGGCGCUUCUUGAGGGUGGCGCUACGGUGUUCGUGACCACGAGCAGCUUCAGUAUGAAGACAACCGCCUUGUUCCGUGAGAUCUACGAGCAGCACGGUAGCCGUGGCAGCCGUCUCAUUGUGCUUCCGUUCAACCAAGCCUCGAAGGUGGACGUUCAGAGCCUGGUGGCGCACAUUUACAACGUGCACAAGCUGGACCUGGACUUCGUGAUUCCGUUUGCGGCUCUGUCAGAGGUUGGACGCAUGAUCACGGACAUCGACUCGCGGUCGGAGCUGGCGCACCGCAUCAUGCUGACGAACACGGUGCGUUUACUGGGUGAGGUUGUGACGGCGAAGAAGGCUCGUGACAUCACCACUCGUCCCGCGCUCGUGAUCCUGCCGAUGUCGCCGAACCAUGGCAACUUUGGUGGAGACGGUCUGUACGCCGAGUCGAAGCUGGGUGUCGAGAGUCUCACGAACAAGUGGUACUCGGAGGGCUGGGACGACCAGCUUUCCAUCGUCGGUGCCAUUAUCGGCUGGACGCGUGGCACGGGCCUCAUGUCCGGCAACAAUGUGGUUGCUGCUGGUGUCGAGAAGAUGGGAAUGCGCACGUUCAGCACGACGGAAAUGGGCUUCAACCUAAGCGCUUUGAUGCACCCUAAAAUCGUAAAACGAGCGGCAAAGACACCGGUCAUCGCAGACCUCACUGGUGGCAUGGCACAGGUGAGCGACCUGAAGGACCAAGUGGACUCUAUUCGUGCUGAUAUCAUGAAGAAGUCGAAGCUGCAGGCUUCUAUUCACGCUGCGCUGGAGAGCGACAAGAAGAUGCUGGCUCUGCCUGCGAAGAAGCAGGUGGCUGCUCCCAGCUCGAAGACGUUCGCUCCUCGUGCAAACAUGUCCAGCUACUACUGCAACUCGUUCCCCAAACUGUCAGGUGUGGCUGGUCUGUCUGCCUCGAAGAAGCAGGCACUGUUGCGUGGCAUGCUGGACCUGCGCCAGGUUGUGGUCGUCACGGGUUUCGGUGAAGUGAGUCCGUGGGGUAACUCACGCACGCGUUGGGAGAUGGAGUCGUACGGCGAGUUUUCGCUGGAAGGUUGCAUCGAGCUGGCGUGGCUGACGGGCCGCAUCGUUUUCGACAAGGGCAACUGGGUGGAUGCCAAGACGAAGGAGAUCGUGCCGGACCACCAGGUGAAGCCUCACUACGAGGAGGACAUCCUGAAACACUCGGGUAUCCGUAUCGUGGAGCCUGAGCUGUUCGACGGCUACGACCCGAAGAACAAGAUGGUGCUGCACCAGGUUGCCAUUGACAAGAAGAUGUCGCCGAUCGAGGUGGCCGACCGCGAGGAGGCUCUGCAGUUCCGCAAGGAGCUGGGCAAGGAGAACGUGGACAUAUUCCAGAACGCGUCCGGGGCUUGGAUGAUCCGACUGCGCAAGGGUUCUGUCCUGAACAUUCCCCGUGCUCUUAACUUCGACCGCUUCGUGGCUGGUCAGAUCCCGACGGGAUGGAGUGCUGAGCGCCUGGGUCUGUCGAAGGAUCUGGCCGAGUCGGUGGACCCUACUGCACUGUAUGCGUUGGCGGCAACAAUGGAUACGUUCGUCGCGGCUGGAGUGACCGACCCGUACGAGUUCUACCAGUACGUGCACGUGUCCGAGGUUGGCAAUACGUCCGGUGGUGGUAUGGGUGGUAUGCGUGCACUUAGUCACAUCUACAAGAACCGCUUGCUGGGCAAACCCGCCCCGAGUGACGCGUUGCAGGAAGUCUUUAUUAACACGCCCCCUGCUUGGGUGAACAUGCUGCUGUUGAGUUCGUCUGGUCCAAUCAAGACCCCGGUCGGUGCAUGUGCUACGGCUGCUGAGUCGGUGGACAUUGGUGCCGAGACGAUCAAGAGUGGCAAGGCUCGCAUUUGCAUUGUUGGUGGCUACGACGACUUCGGUGAAGAGUGUUCGAAUGAAUUCGCACAAAUGAAAGCUACUAGUGACUCAGUCAAGGAAGCCGGAAUGGGUCGUGAGCCGAAGGAAAUGUGUCGUCCGUGCUCGACCACGCGUGGCGGCUUUAUGGAGAGCCAUGGUGCGGGUAUGCAGUUGUUGAUGGACGCUCAGCUUGCUCUGGAAAUGGGUCUGCCGAUCUACGGUAUCGUCGCGCUUACGAACACGGCGACGGACAAGAACGGCCGAUCUGUGCCGGCUCCUGGCCAGGGUAUUCUGACGACGGCCCGCGAGGCUUUGUCGGGCAACUCGAAGCCGUCGCCGCUGCUGGAUGUGGAGUUCCGUCGUCGUCAGUUCGAUGAUGAGCUUGAGAGUAUUGAGAAGUGGUAUGCUCGCGAGAAGGCUUUGAUCGACGGAGACGAAUCACGUGAAGCAUUCCUUGAGAGGAGGAAGUUACGCAAGGUACAGGCUGCACAGGCGACCUGGGGAAACGAUUUCUACAGUGGUGAAGCGGAUAUCGCUCCUCUUCGCGGUGCCCUGAGCGUGUGGAAUCUGGACAUCGACGACUUGGGUGCUGCUAGUUUCCACGGGACGGGCACCAAGGCCAACGACAAGAACGAGAGCGAGGUGACGCACAAGCAGAUGGCUCACCUGGGUCGUUCUCCGGGCAACCCGCUGCCGGUGAUCUGCCAGAAGAACCUGACGGGCCACCCGAAGGGUGCCGCUGCUGCUUGGAUGCUCAAUGGUCUGCUGCAGGUGCUUAACUCGGGCUUGAUCCCAGGCAACCGUCAGCUGGACAACACUUGCGAGACUCUGCGCAAGUACGACCACUUGGUGUACCCGAACCGCAGCUUCCAGACCGUGGGGGUCAAGGCCGUGAUGAUGAAGAGUUUCGGCUUCGGCCAGGCCGGUGGCGAAGUGCUGCUGGUGCACCCGGACUACCUCCUAUCUACUCUGCCUGUUGACGAGUUCCAGCACUACUCGGCUCGCCGCGAACAGCGUUUGAUCAAGAUGAACACGCACACGCAGGGCGUGAUUACCGGCAAGCAUCCGCACAUCCAGGUGAAGAACGAAGCGCCGUACUCGUCGGCGCAGGAGAGCAACGUGUACUUGGACCCUACGGCUCGUGCCGAGUACGACGCGACGUCCAAGACGUGGCGUUUUGGCGGCGCGGACUCUCUGACCGCGGAGGAGAACCGCCGUCUGCGUGCUGAGAAGCGCGCGAAGAAGGCGAAGGCUGCUGCGGAAGCGGCGUCAUCGUCGAACAAGAAGACUUCGGACGCGCACCAGGCUGACUCGUCCUCGACACUGUUGACUGCCAUCAACCAAGCGGCGACGGACCUGGGCCUGGCGUCCAAGAACAUGGGCAUGGGCGUGGAUGUGGAGCCUGUGGCCACGUUCGAGAACCUGAACGGCCGCGAGGACUUCAUCCGCCGCAACUUCACGGACCAGGAGAUGGCGUACUGCUACAGCGCGCCUCACCCGGCAGCGAGCUUCGCCGGUCGCUGGGCUGCCAAGGAGGCUGUGAUCAAGGCCAUCUCCAGCUCGGCCCCGACUGAGCCGAACCUGUGGAAGGGUGCUGGUGCUCCGCUGCGUGAGAUCGAGAUCUUCAUGACGGCAUCGGGCGCGCCGUCCGUGCUGCUGUCGGGCUACCCGCUGCAGGUUUUCAACCGCUUGGGCCUGUCGAAGCUGAGCGUGUCCAUCAGCCACUCGGGCGACUUCGCUGUAUCACAAGCUGUGGCUAACUUCCAGCAGGAGUAAGUGUGUUUAUUUGUACACAGUGCAUGUUGUACGUCUGUGUUUUGAAUGAUGAAUUUAUGAAUUAUCAAUCUUGUU